AUGGAAAGAUAUAAAAUUUUGGAGGAGCUUGGUGAUGGCACUUGUGGUAGUGUAUAUAAGGCUCGUGAUUGGAGAACAAAUGAGAUUGUUGCAGUCAAAAAGAUGAAGAGGAAGUUCUUUUUCUGGGAGGAAUACUGGAGAUUACGAGAGAUUAAGGUACUCCGUAAAUUAAAUCACCCCAAUAUCAUAAAGUUGAAGGAGGUUGUCAGGGAAAACAAUGAGGUGUUCCUCAUUUUUGAGUACAUGAACUAUAAUCUAUACCAAAUAAUGAAAGAACAAAGAAGACCCUUUUCAGAGGAUGAGAUUCGUAGCUUUAUGUCUCAAUUGCUGCAUGGACUUAAUCACCUCCAUAGAAGUGGAUAUUUUCACCGAGAUCUAAAACCGGAGAAUUUGCUGGUGACAAAUGAUGUUCUUAAAAUUGCCGACUUCGGAUUGGCUAGAGAAGUAUCAUCGGUUCCUCCUUAUACCGAAUAUGUUUCCACACGUUGGUAUCGAGCACCAGAAGUCCUGUUACAGUCCAAAUUAUACACUCCUGCAGUUGACAUGUGGGCUGCUGGCGCAAUCCUAGCUGAGCUUUUCAAUUUGUCCCCUAUUUUCCCUGGUGAAAGUGAGAUAGACCAAUUGUUCAAGAUAUGCUGUGUGCUUGGUACUCCAGACUUGACUAUCUUCGCUGAAGGGACAAAUGCCUCUCGAUUAUAUGGCAUUAUUAAUUAUGAAAAGAUCUUGCCUGCAAACCUCUCUGAUAUCAUUCCAAACGCAAGCCCAGAAGCUAUUGAUUUGAUCCAACAACUAUGUUCAUGGGAUCCAUCAAGGAGGCCAGCUGCAGAUGAAUCAUUACAACAUCCCUUUUUCCAUGUUGGCUGGGUUCCUCAUUCACUCCGUGAUCCACUUGACCUGAAGCUAAGUAUCAUGGGAGCAAAGCCAACGCUUGAGUUGAAAUUAUCAGACUUUGGUGCUGAACCUGAGGACUGCUUUCUUGGCUUGACGCUGGCUGUGAAGCCCAGUGUUCCAGAAUUUGAUGUGGUUCAUGAUGUAUCGCAGCAUACAAAAGAGGAUUCUUUAUUUUGCUCUGGUUUGGAAGAUCAUUCAGGACGAUCUGUUUUUUGGUCUCUAAUGCCUCCUGAUCAAGGUGGAAUCUGUGCCCCAGUAGAGCCUUCCUUUUCUUUAUCAUUCAGUUCAAUUCAACAUCCAUCAGUCAGAGUUCCACAAUCAGCUGGUUUCUCCAUCCCACCGUUGCAGCCUAACAUCUUAGAUGGUCCAUUGUUGGCCAUGUCUUCUUCCUUCCCACAAAGCCAUUGCCUCUGA